CUUCCGGGUUCUGACGAGUGUUGUGUUGUGUUGUGUUGUGUUGUGUUGCGAAGAUGUCAACGCACGAUCACCUGUCUCUCUGUCUGUGGGAUUUAAUGUGGUUGCUAUGGUCGCUGCUGUUGCCUUCCAUUUAUUUGAGUCUUGUCCUGACAGCCAUCCUCUUCAUCAUCAUCAUGGGGGUGAGAACCUGGCUGCAGAUGAAGAGGAAGACCAGGAGAGCUCAGGAUGAGCGGCCCACCGUGGCCUUCUUUCACCCAUACUGCAAUGCGGGCGGAGGUGGAGAGAGAGUGCUGUGGUGUGCUUUACGUGCUCUUCAAAACAGAUACCAGGGUGUUUCCUUUGUGGUCUACACAGGUGACCAGGGUGUGACAGCAGAACAGAUCUUAAACGGAGUAAGGCGGCGCUUCAACAUCAGACUUCCUCGGCUGGUUAAGUUUGUGUUCCUGAAACAUCGCCUUUUGGUAGAGGCGAAACUUUACCCACACUUCACUCUUCUGGGGCAGAGCAUAGGCUCCAUCUUCCUGGGGUGGGAGGCUUUGACUGAGUUUGUUCCAGACCUCUACAUUGACUCAAUGGGCUACACCUUCACCUUACCUGUGUUCCGUUACCUGGGUGGUUGUCAGGUGGGAAGCUACGUGCACUACCCCACCAUCAGCACUGAUAUGCUGUUUGUAGUUCGAGAAAGGAAUCCAAGGUUCAAUAAUGCAGAAUACAUCUCCAGUAACCCUGUACUGAGUGCAAUCAAAGUGAUCUACUACUGUGCCUUUGCGCUGCUCUACGGCCUUGCUGGCUCCUGUAGUGACGUGGUCAUGGUGAAUUCCACCUGGACACUAGGUCACAUACUGGCUCUAUGGCACGCUCCCAACCACACCAGUGUGGUCUUCCCACCUUGUGAUGUUCAGGCCUUCCUGGAGGUACCUCUGGAUGAAGAGGCUGAGGAGAAAGAAGAAAGAAAGUGCCACUCUGUUGUCUCUGUGGGUCAGUUCCGCCCUGAAAAGGACCAUCGGCUGCAGAUCAGGGCUUUCAGAAAACUUCUAGACAGCAAGGGGGUGCAGUCUGCUGGUCGAGAGACUGUGAAACUUGUGUUGAUUGGUGGAUGUCGCAACCAGGAGGAUGAAGAGAGGGUACUGAUGCUGAGGGGCUUGUGUCAGGAGCUGGGCGUGGCAGACAGGGUGGAGUUUAAACUCAAUAUUCCAUUUGAGGAACUAAAGAAAAAUCUAACAGAUGCCACGAUCGGGUUACACACAAUGUGUAAUGAACAUUUUGGUAUUGGUGUGGUGGAGUGCAUGGCUGCAGGAACAAUCAUUCUGGCUCACAAAUCUGGUGGUCCUAAGCUGGACAUUGUAGUGCCCUGUGAUGGCGGUUUAACAGGCUUCCUGGCGGAUGAUGAAGUCAGCUACGCAGACGCCAUGGAACGAAUCCUUUCUAUGACUCCCGCUGCUCGGUUAGAGAUUCGACGACGGGCCCGUCAGUCUGUCACCCGCUUUUCAGACCAGGAAUUUGAAGGCUCCUUCCUUGCAUCCGUAGAGCCUCUGAUAUCAACACUGGGGCUAUAAGAUAGAGGGAGUUAGGGUACUCCUAUGUACCUCAGUCACCAUGUGUCUGUCCUGACUGACUAUAGUGAAUCAGCCCAAUAAUGUUCAGCCUAGUUCAUAAGCUUGUGCUGGCCCCAUAGUGCUGACUGAUGAUCAUUCCAUUUCUAGAGUGGAAGUGUCUUGUAAACUUUAAGAAAUAUCACUAGGGUGAGGGAUGCAUUGUGAAAAAUACUGGUCAUUUUGCUUUAACCACAUCUCAAUAUUUUGAAACGAGUGACAUUGAGUGAAAUGUUUAAGCACUGAAUAAAAGGCAUUUGUUAUUUA